AUGGCAAGUUUUAGUCACCCUCUACUUGUAGCUCUGUCUGUGCUUGCAAUAGUAGCAUUCCGUCCAACCUCGGUUGAUGCUAAGUUCUCCAAAAGCACCUACUUCACUUGGGGCGCUCACCAUGCCUCAGUAUCAGGAAACGGCGAGGAACUCCAGCUGGUAUUGGAUAAAACAUCAGGCUCUGCAAUUCAGUCGAAACGGGCAUUCUUGUUUGGCAGCAUUGAGAUGUUGAUCAAGUUGGUGCCUGGGAACUCUGCAGGAACAGUUACUGCUUAUUACGUAUCUUCCACUGGGGAUAGACACGAUGAGAUCGACUUUGAGUUCCUUGGAAAUGUGUCUGGGAAACCCUACAUCAUCCACACUAACGUCUACGUACAAGGAAAUGGAAGCAGGGAACAGCAGUUCUACCCUUGGUUUGAUCCAACUGCUGACUACCACAACUACACCAUUCACUGGAACCCUACCGCUAUUGUGUGGUAUGUUGACAGUGUGCCAAUCAGAGUUUACCGCAACUACGAGAGCCAGGGGGUUCCUUUCCCAAACAAACAAGGGAUGAGGGUUUACUCUAGUCUCUGGAAUGCUGAUAACUGGGCAACCAGAGGAGGCUUGGAGAAGAUCGACUGGAACUCAGCUCCCUUCAUAGCCAGGUACCGCAAUUUCAGAGCUAGGGCUUGCAAGUGGAAUGGACCUCCCAGCAUCACCCAGUGUGCUGUCAGUAGCCCAGCUAACUGGUGGACAUCUCCUGCAUACAAACAGCUGAGCUCUGCCAAGCAAGGCCAGAUGAAGUGGGUGAGAGAUAAUCACAUGAUCUACAACUACUGCAACGAUUUCAAGAGAUUCAACGGCAAUAUGCCACCUGAAUGCUUCAAACCACAGUUCUGA